CGUUCCAGUCCCUCCUUCUUCCCGACGCACGACACCGAUUUCCUUCAGCGUCUCUCGAAGCCCAUCGGGUCCAAAGCAGUCAGAUGCUGUCGGGCCUUGCUCAGGCAUCUUGAGAGAGAAAAAAAAAAAGCUCUUUUCCCAUCCGACCGGCGUCUCGUCGAGCCUCUCGUUUAGCAGUCCCGGCCUCGUUCGUCGCCGUUCACCUCCAACAAAACAACUCCCGCGAAGAUUCCACCGAAGCUGGCCAUCGAACUCGGACAUCUCCCUUCUUAGAGCACGCAGAAUCGCCUUGCAAAAGAGCCGACUAGACGCAGCGCCAAACCGAACGACUCUUUUCUUCCUUUUGCCGACAUUCUCGUCUCUCUUCUUUAUCCCUUGACCACCAAAGAAAACGCAAGAGACUCCCCGGCGGAGCCAGCUUGAACCUUUUCUUAGCCUUUCAUUUGCCUUUGCUCGUUUCAAGUCAGCGUCCAAGCCGCAGCCUCCGCUUUGUUGGCCUGUUGUUUUCUUCCCCCCCCCCCUCCCCUGAAUCGACGAUUUCUUUCGACAUUUUCCUUCUUCUCCAUACGCUCGCUACCUCAACAUGAAGUCGUCAACACUUCUUUCUGGCGCCUUGGUGGCCGCCGCCCAAGUCUACACGGCCCUUGGCGCAACUGCCGUCAGAGCUCACGAAGUGAGCCACGUUAUCCGAGCCAACAUCCAGCUGCCAUCACAACCGCCAGUGCCGAACGCCUACCGAUCGCAGGGCUGUUGGAGCUCCAAGGGAAACAUGACGCAUGCCACCGCAGUCAAGAGCACGACCGUUUCGUCUGGUUCGUGUAACGAUUACUGCAAGUCCAAGGAAAUGCCUGUCUCGGGACUGCAGGGCGAUGAAUGCUUUUGCGGAAUGGUCUACCCCCCUCAGGGCGACCAGGUCGAGGACUCCAAAUGCUCCUUUCCUUGCCCUGCGUAUCCCAAGGAGGCCUGUGGUCAGAUCGGUCAGCCGGGCUACUUUUCUGUCUUCAACACUGGCGUCAACAUCAACCCUGACUACUACGAGCCCCCCAAGUCGACAACCACAUCGCCCUCGUCGACCUCGACGUCUACAGACGCUGAAAAGUCAUCAGCCGCUGCUGGCUCUUCGGGCAUUGCCAGUGCGUCUGCGGAGCCAACCUCUGCAGACGGAGGAUCCAAGAAGAAGACAAAUGUUGCCGGCAUCGCCGCGGGAACCGUCGUGGGCGUCGUCGUCCUCGGUGGUCUUCUCGGAGCUGCCUUCUUCACCCUGAGACGGAGACGAAACGCCGAAAUCGAGGAAGAGCAUCGCCGGAAUGCUGCCGUCAAUGCCUUCAUCAACGGCUCCAAGCCGCCUUCUACUAGCGGUAGCAUUUCGAUGACCGACUCUCGCCUCGACCCCAUCAUGGCCCACCGCAGGCUCAGUGAUGGCAGCAUUGCGGACAAUGAAGAUUACUCUCGCCGCAUCCUGAGGGUAUGUCGUUGCUUGCCUAGCGCCUCGUUUGUAAGCAUUUGCCCGGACUAA